GAGGAGGACGAGAGGCUGACGAAGUUGAAGCAGAGGAUGGUGAGCCAGGUGUUGGAGAUUGGGAUAAUUUUCCACUCGGUGAUAAUCGGGGUGACGAUGGGGAUGUCGCAGAAUCGGUGCACGAUAAGGCCGCUGGUGGUGGCGCUGGCGUUUCAUCAGGUCUUCGAGGGGAUGGGACUUGGCGGAUGCAUUGCUCAGGCUGGUUUUGGAUUAACAACAGUGGGGUACAUGUGUUUAAUGUUUUCAGUGACUACGCCUUUGGGGAUAAUUUUGGGGAUGGUUAUCUUCUAUAUGACUGGCUAUGAUGACAGCAACCCGAAUGCAUUAAUACUGGAAGGACUAUUGGGUUCUCUAUCGGCAGGAAUCCUAGUAUACAUGGCACUUGUAGAUCUCAUAGCAGUAGAUUUCUUCCAUAACAAGACCAUGGCUUCAGAUCCUAGAUUGAAGAAGGCUUCAUAUGUCGCGUUAGUCCUUGGAUCUGCUUCAAUGUCUGUACUUGCUCUAUGGGCAUAGUUCCAUUAAUACAUUCCACGAUAUUUGUAUCAGCGAGGUACAUAAUCUCGUGUUUCCAUUGCAUAGGAAAUAUUGCAACUGAUAUGAUGUCAUGGCAGUUGCAUGUAUUAUAGACGUCGUUCUUUUCGCCUUCAACUUUUAGAGGUUUACAUACGGUUAUCAUCACAGUUUGCUGUCGUUGGUGAUGAAUUGUAUAUUAACAUUGCUUGUGAUUGAAGUAAACUAGAAUAUUAAGGGGGCGUCUCUUUAAGAUAUUUGUCAAAUAAAUAAGAGAUUCUGCCUUUUCCUUGUUA